ACGCGCGCUAUAUUUACACUUUCGUUUUUUAAUCACCGAAGCGUGACCGCGCAGCGCGCAAAUGCGCAUCGGUCUGCGCAUCUUUGAAUCUUCACAACUCCGCCGUGGACAAUCUCUCCCUGACAUCCAGAGACCUUCUCCUCUGCAAUCCGACGGGGGCUUUUUUUCCCUCCCUUCUUCUUCACCGCCUAUGGCCGCGCAUCGGCGUCCCUGAGCCCGCUGGCCUCGUCCCGGAAACCUUUCUACCACCUCCUGCUCCUCGAGGAGCUCUUUGAAUCCGGGCGGAGAGACAGUUUCUUCAAACAUCUUUUAUUUUUUUAUUUUAAAAAAGAACCCCGGUGCUACGCUAUGGGCCCAUCUCUCUAGAUCUUGUGAUUAAUACACGAAUCUCUCCUCCUCCCCCUCCUCCUCCCACCUUCGUCCGACCCCCACCGGGAGACCCAUCGGUCCUCUCGCCGAGCCCCCGCGAUGCAUCCUGGCGCAGUGAUGAUGCCGGCGCUGGUCCUCAUCCUGGGGAACUUGAUGCUGCCGCUCACCUCGGCGCAGAACGCCGGGUUCGUGAAGUCGCCGAUGUCCGAGACCAAGCUCACGGGGGACACCUUCGAGCUGUACUGCGACGUGGUCGGCAACCCCAUGCCGGACAUCCAGUGGUGGUACGCCGAGAUCAACCGAGCCGACUCCUUCAAGCUGCUGUGGGACGGAGCCCGCAAGCGCCGGGUGUCCAUCAACACGGCGUACGGCGCCAACCGCGUCAGCGUGCUCGGCAUCACGCGCCUCACGCUCGAGGACUCCGGGACCUACGAGUGCCGGGCCAGCAACGACCCCAAGCGCAACGACCUGCGGCAAAACCCCGCCACCACCUGGAUCCGCGCCCAGGCCACCAUCUUGGUGCUGCAGAAACCAAAGAUCAGCGCCUCGGACCAGACCGUCCUGUCGGCGGAGAACCCCAGGCAACAAAUCUCGCUGCAGUGCAACCUCACCACGGCCCACACGCCCCACAGGGAGAGCUUCUGGAUGAAGAACGGCAAGGAGAUCCAGAACACUCGGACGGAGCUGAGGAACACGGCGCACAGGAUCGUUAAAUCGCGGGCGGACGAUUCCGGGGAGUACAUGUGCGUUUACACGUUUGCCAUGUCGCCGAAUGCAAACGCUACGAUCGAAAUAAAAGCCAAACCCGACGUCACCGGCCACAAGAGAAGUGAGAAUAAGAACGAGGGGGAAAACGCGAUGAUGUACUGCAAGUCCGUCGGUUACCCACAUCCCACCUGGACGUGGUGGAAGAUGGACGGAACAUCAACCCAGGACAUCGACAACUCCACCGGCCGCUUCUUCAUCACCAUCAGAGACAACUACACGGAGCUCAACAUCCUGCACCUGGACAUCGGCAGCGACCCCGGGACGUACCAAUGCAACGCCACCAACGUGAUCGGGAACACGGCGGAGACCACCAUCCUGCGGGUGCGCAGCCACCUGGCGCCGCUGUGGCCCUUCCUGGGCGUGCUCGCCGAAAUCCUCAUCCUGGUCGUCAUCAUCGGCAUGUACGAGAGACGCAAGAGGCCGGACGACUUCAUCGAUGAUGACGAACCAGCCGCACCGACGAAAACCAAUUCAACAAACAACCACAAGGACAAAAACAUUCGCCAGAGGAAUACAAAAUAAGCAAUUCACGGGGGCAAAAGAAAAUUGCCUAAACUGCAGUUUUUGACAACAUGAAGGUAUCGAGAGGUCGGAUCAGUUUCGAGAAAGAAAAAAAAAGAAGCAUAUAUCGUCUCAUUUCGAUGAGAAACAAUAUCAGCGUAACACUGGCAACAAAGAGAACAUAACGGCUGUCUUAAGCAUGCCUUAUUCAGUCUUUCAGCGUUGGAGAUUUCAGGAUGACGAAUAAUGACGAAAAACCACCGCAAAGGUGUACACAUCUUCAACGUGCCGUUCGAUGUCUCCUUUAUUCCUUUGGUCACACCCUCACAUGAGGUGCUCCCUUUUGUAUUACAUAUCAUGUACAAUGCAUGCAAGAUAAUUACGCAAUAGGAUACUCAGAAUAGACAUUUUCUGUUGUUAUCCCUCGUGUGGCUUUUUUUGCAUCUGAAAUGACCUGUACAUGUAUACGUAUAUAUACAUAUAUUGACGUAUGUAUGUAUACGCAUAUAUAUAUAUGUGUACGAUAGUUUUAUUCUUGAGAAUUUGUACAGCAUAUCAUGGUCAGAUGUUUGAUUUUGUGACACUUUAUUGUGAAGCAAGGGCUUCAAUGGCAGUAUUUAAAUUUAAUUGACAGUUAUUACAGAAAAAUGACUUGUGUUUUAACUAUCUAAACAAAAACGAUAAAAGUGUAUUAUUAUUUGUUUCUUUCCAGAGUAACUUAGGUGUCUUGUAUAUGUUGAAGUAUGAGUGUUCAAAUGAUAGCAAAAUCUUUUGGAAGAAAAAAAAUAUUUUUUUUAAUAUAUAUAUAUAUAUAUAUAUAUAUUUCCCAAUUGUCACAAAUUGGUUUUUAAUUUUCUUUAGUUUUUUCUCUUCUUAACUGUAUAGCAUGGCUAUAAUCCUAUGCAAUAUGUAUUCUUAAAUAGAUAUAUGGAGGGCAGUUUGUUUGACUCAGUGAAGCUUUAAUAUUGUGGGAUGGAAGCUGGCAUAGCAACGUUCACCGCUGUAGCUGCAUGACUCCUCUUUCAAUACGGUGUACCCCCCCAUGUGUGUUGCAGUGGAAAUGGACCUGCGUUAAGGUGGGAAGAGAGGGACCAGAGUAUAUAGCCACAAUCAAACAUAUAAGUGAGACCAAUAUUUUCUUUCUGAAUAAAAAAUGAAAAAUUGAA